UUAACAGCGAGGUGACUGGUUUUUUACAGUUCUGCUGAAAUUUAAAAAUCAUCUUUUUUCUACAUUUUCUCUGUUUAAGCUCCUGGAGGUUUGUUUGGUAAGAUCAGCUAUGACUGCUAUUUAUGUUUUAUCGUUUUAGUUUUUAGCAGCUUUUAUUUUCUUUCAGUGAAAAUGACUGUUUUGUUAAUCCAACUCUUUAACUAGGACUUUGAAGAGUAACUUAGUUUUUAAUUCCAGGUGAUGGGUGUUACUGCAGUCCUGUCAGUGAACAUGGUAACAGCCAUCAUGUUACUGACUGUCUUCUCUCUUUCAGAAGCGUUGGAUGAUUGUCGGACUUAUGUGUCAGCGCUCUUCAUCACUACACCAAAGAAGAUGGAAGCACUGAGUGGAACUUGUCUGAAAAUCCCAUGUAGCUUUAGUGUUAAAGAAGAAAGAGAGUUUGACAACACAAGAGAAACAUUUGGAAUAUGGUUUAAAGAAGAAGACAGAGAGACCUAUCCAAAGAAUGUGGUUUUUAACAGUAGUGGCACAGUGAACAAAUUUCAAAUGAACAUAACUGGAAACUUGAGAAUGAAAAACUGCACCACUCUGAUUUACAACAUGAAGACGACAUAUGAAGGCGUAUACUACUUCAGAAUCGAGAACAGUCCUUUCAUGGCAAAUGCUCGUUGUGAUCCUCUUCACAUAACAAUCAAAGAUUCUCCUCCGAGUCCCAAACUAAUCAUCUCAGGAGAUCUGAAGGAGAAGGAGUCUGUCACUAUAACCUGCUCAGCUUCCACUCCCUGUCCACUCUCCCCUCCUAAACUCACCUGGACUCUCAAACAAGACUCUCUCAACAACAUGGAGGAAAACCCAGAUAAAACCUUCACGACUAAAAUCCAGGAGCAGAUCACUCUGACGGACAAAUAUGAUGGAUACAACAUCACCUGUUCUGCCACAUAUCCUGUGAAUGAAGGAAAAGAAGUCAAGACAGCAGGGGAGACACAGACUCUCAGAGUUUCAUGUGAGACAACCAGAGAUUGUUAUUGGAUCCUGUCAGAAUAUGCUCCUAAAAACACCUCAGCGUCCAUCAGUCCAUCAGGUUUGGUGUCAGCAGGUAUUCAUGUGAACCUGACCUGCGCCAGCAGAGCCAAUCCUCCUGUCAGCAGCUUCACCUGGUUCAAGAUCAGCAAAGAUGGACACAUGAUCGUAUCUGAAGGAGAGUUUUACAGCUUUAAUGUCACAGAGGGAGGAGUUUAUUACUGUGUGGCCAUGAAUGAUCUCGGUAAUCAGACAUCUGUACAGAUCCAUUUGAGAUUUGCAGCAGGUAAAAACUAG